AUGGAUGAAAAUGAUGUUAUCAUAUCAUCUACAGAAAUUAUUAAAGACAGAUUAUAUUUCGCUACCCUCGAAACUGGAUAUAAACCAAAGCCGACCCGCAACAGCAAAUACUUCCACAUAGAAGAUGAUAUUGUAUACGAGAAUUUUUAUUUCGAUUUUGGACCCUAUCACCUGUGCCAUUUGUACGAGUUUUGCAAGAAACUCAACGAGGAACUGGAGAAAAAUCCGAAAAAAAAGAUAGUAUUCUACACAAGCAACAAUGAUACUCUCAGACUGAAUGCGGCAUAUCUCAUUGGCAGUUAUCAGAUAAUAUAUCUGGGCGGUUCACCGGCCGCUGUGUACAAACAGCUGACCGAUAGCACGUGGCAAUUGUUGAAUUUCCGUGAUGCUUCCGGAGGUCCACCACUGUUUGAUAUUUCUCUCCUGGACGUGUUGAACGGUGUUAAAGUCGCUCAUGACGCGAAGUUCUUCGAUUUCGAUGACUUUGACGCUGAUCAGUAUUUAUUUUAUGAGAAAGUGGAAAACGGAGAUCUCAAUUGGAUAGUCCCUGAUAAGAUGCUGGCUUUUUCUGGACCACAUCACCGCUCCCGAUUAGACCGCGGCUACCCAUUACACAGUCCCGAACAUUACCACGAAUAUUUUAAGAAGAACCACGUCACAACUAUAGUUAGACUGAACAAGAAGUCAUACGACGCUAGACAGUUCACAGCUCAUGGAUUCGAGCAUAGAGAAUUAUUCUUCGUCGAUGGUUCAGUACCAUCGGAGUCGAUUGUCAAUAGAUUCAUUCGCAUCGCUGAAGCCGCUAAGGGCGCUGUUGCAGUACAUUGUAAAGCUGGCCUAGGUCGUACCGGUACAUUGAUAGCUUGUUACAUGAUGAAGCAUCACGCAUUCACCGCUCGAGAAGCUAUCGCGUGGCUAAGAGUGUGUAGACCUGGCUCUGUUAUAGGACACCAACAAUGGUUCCUUGAAAACAUACAGCCCAGAAUGCACGCUCUAGGAGAGGCUUAUCGACGGCGGAACAAUGUUACAUCUUUAUCAGUAUUCACGAGACCUAUAUACAGCCUGCGACCAGCGCAGACAGAAGACAAACCCGUGUCACUGCAGACUAUACUCAAUAGCAAUAAAAAUGCAAAUAAGUUGGACAACGCUAACGUCUUGAAUGCCAAUGAGACGGAUUCAGAAAACAACGUAACUCAAGUCAUCGGCAAAUACAAGACCACAGCUACUCCAAUGCUGCCAACAAAAACGCUGUUUUCACCAAAAAUGAACUAUAUGAUACCCACCAAUAAUAUCAGGAAUGCCAACAAUACAAACUUGAAGCCCCAACCUAGGUUAAUGAACGCCACGCUAAAGUCCCAUUACGCAGCCAAGACUUCCACAUUCCCGCCAACAAGAAGUGCCAAUUCCCAAGUUAAAUUAACUGCUGGGGUUAAACCAUUAACUGGUAAGAAUUCCUUCCACGGCCAACGGGCUAACCUCGCGAGGCCAAAUCUUGCAUAUUCCCACGGCAGUAGCCCAAUCAAAACAUUCACCAGAAAAGGAAUUGUUUCGAAACUUUCAUCAAACGAUACUAAUGUAGUUACAACACUGACCAACGUAACUUCAACCUUAUCAGCAUUGACUGAGAAUUGUCAUUUGAAUGGCAAACGGCUGCCGUCAGAACCGAAUCUCAAAGCCGUACAGUCGAAAACACCAACAAAUAUAAACGGCAGAAAGAAAUUAAUCGUCAGAUCAAAUUCAAUAAAUCGCAAGAAGCUUCCAAAAACACUUCCAAAGAGUGGUCUAGAAGGUACACAGGAUCUAUCGUCCAGUGAUACCAACAUCACCAACAUUUCCGCUGACUCCCUAGACACUCCUUUCCGUUUCCGGCGGAAACGGGAUAAAUCUAAAACCCCAGAACCAAUGGACUGCAUAUCGAAUUCGGUGAUCACAUCCGACGUGACGCCAGAUAAUUACGAAGAGACGGGAAAUUCGCAAGGAAAUAAGUUAUACAAGAUCAAAGCGUUACGGAAGAAAUGUCCCGCUUUCGGUAUGAGUCUAUUGAAAGACGGCAUUCAAACACGGUCGAGUACUUGCGCGAGUAGCUCGACCGUCAAGAAGAAAUGA